AUGGCAGUUGGGAUGACAUCCCACCUCUUCCAGGGAGGGGCUACUACCAGCAGAUUUAGCCAAAUCAACAAAUUUAGAAGCCCAGAGAAGCGUUGUUCUCUCUCCUUGCCAUCCACUUCGCUUCCUUUUCUUGCUUAUGGGCAGGAUUUAUUGGUUCAGAACGUGUUGGGUAGGAGCUACAGGCCCAUGCUUUAUGUGCCUUGUAGAUAUAGGGCCUCGGGUGCUAAAUCUUUUGCUUUGCCAGUGUCUUGGAAGGAAAUUCCGCUGGUCAAGAGCACGUCGUCAGCAUUGGCUAGGUCGUGUGACAGUUUACUUGCAAAUCCUGUCACUGCCCUUGUGACACCUGCAGUUGGAAUAAUUGUCUUUGCCCUAUGGGGCUUUUUGCCUCUAGUGAAGGACAUUAGAAACCGUAUUGAUCACGGAGGAAACUGGAAACAGAGCCCCACAUACCUAAUUUCUAGGUCGUACCUUCAACCUUUGCUUCUUUGGACAGGAGCAACGCUAAUCUGCAGGGGUUUGGAUCCAGUUGUGCUACGUUCAUCAGCAAGCCAAGCUGUUAAAACGCGUCUUGUAACUUUUGUGAGAUCUUUAUCUACCGUCCUGGCUAUUGCAUAUGUUCUUACAAGCUUGAUUCAGCAGGUACAUAAAUUCCUAGUGGACGUACGUAACCCCAAUGACACAAAAAAAAUGGGUUUGGAUUUUACCGUGAAAGCAAUCUAUACUGGCAUUUGGAUUGCUGCUGUUUCUCUCUUUAUGGAGUUGCUGGGUGUCAAUACCAAGAAGUGGAUAACUGCUGGAGGUUUUGGGACAGUAUUGCUUACGCUUGCUGGUCGUGAGAUUUUGACUAACUUCAUCUCGAGUGUUAUGAUCAACGCCUCACGCCCAUUUAUUGUGAAUGAAUGGAUCACUGCAAACAUAGAUGGUGUUGAGAUCACUGGUGUUGUUGAGCGUGUUGGUAUGUGGUCUCCAACAGUUCUUAGAGGUGACGACAAAGAAGCUAUAUACAUUCCUAACCAUAAGUUCACAGUGUCCAUAGUGAGAAAUAACAGUCGAAGGAGCCACUGGCGUAUUAAGAGCUAUCUUGCGAUAAGCCACAUGGAUGCUGGAAAAAUUAGUAUAAUUGUUGCGGACAUGAGGAAAGUCUUGGCUAAAAAUCAGAAUAUAGAACAACAGAGGCUACACAGAAGAGUAUUUUUUGAGAAAAUUGAUGAAACGACCCAAGCUCUCAUGAUUUACGUAUCCUGCUUUGUGAAGACUUCACAUCUUGAGGAGUAUCUGAAUGUCCAGGAGGAAGUUUUGUUGGACUUUCUUAGAAUAAUUGGCCAUCACAGGGCAAGGCUUGCCACCCAAACUCGAACGGUCCAGAAAUCGUAUGGCAACGCAGACAUAGAUAACAUUCCUUUUGGAGAGGAGAUGUACACUCGUGUACGUGGCCGUCCACUUCUGAUUGACACCUCUGCAAAGGUCAGUGAAGGCAAGCCUAAAUCUAGAUCAACCUCACGUGAAGAUCAGAGAGUCAAGACAAGCGCAUCGGCUGAGACCAGGGUAGGUUCACCAGAUAGUGCUAGUGUAAGCAACUCAGACAAGAAGGAACAGAAAAAGAUGGUGUCAGAAGAUGGUCCAACGAAGAAUAGCAAGAAUGAUCAUGGGAUGUCAACACAAGCAUCUCUGGCUGGUAAAGGGGAGUCUCGAGGAUCCGAGGCCACAGAGCGACAAGGAGAUGGGUCAGUUUCUCUUCCUAAUCCUAAGAAAGAAUCUAGACCUGGCCUGGAAGAUAACAUUGUUCUGGGUGUAGCACUUGAGGGCUCCAAGAGGACACUCCCCAUCGAACAAGAAACAGAUCCUCAUCCAUCCGAAAGCGAGCAAGGCACAGUUGAGGUUGGUUCAUUGCCGAAGGAUAAGAAAGGUCAAAGCCAUAAGCCAUGA